UCUGUCCAGAAAGAAGCAGCACAGAGAGAGUGAUGGUCGGACACAAGACAGAGGGAAAGAUAGAUUGAGAGAGCAGUGGGUCGUUUUCUUCCAGAGUGGCUGUCGGUGGACAUCAGUUCUGGUAUUACACUAGACAUAAUCAUUUAACAGGGAUCCAGGCAGAACCAAUCAGAUUACACCAGCAUCGUGAUAACAACCUUGUGGGACAGACACAGCAGAAGGAAGAAGCAGAGAGAAGUGUUGGGAGUGUUUUGGGGACAGUGCUAGGAUGACCAGGGUGUGGCUGUGUGUUACCAUGGUGAUGGUGGUGUGUGUGUGUCUGUGGGGGUCGGCGGAGGCGGUUGGGGGAGCAGUAAGCCGACCACGACCCCAGAGGAGACCCCACAAGAAGCCCAAGGUGAACCCCAUUGACGACACCCCCCCACCGCAGAACAUUGACAUACAACAGGUAGGUACAGGAGUGUGUGUGUGUGUGUGUGUGUGUGUGUGUGUGUGUGUGUGUGUGUAAACACACAUCGUUUACCAUGAUGUCACAACUACACCACAAACACAGCCAGUGGCGGACGUGCCUUGACGUUGUCAAUGUUAAAUCCCUGCUGUAUCAUGUAUGUGUGUGUGUGUGUUGUAGAUGGGAGGGACGUGGUACCUGGUCAACGCAGCAUCUAAGUGUAACUUCCUGAUGAAGAACGGUCUGAAGGUGGAGGCUACGGUGAUGACCCUGAUGCCCCCCUCCUCCCCAAACACCGCUCUCUCUGUUAGCACUACCACACGCCUGUGAGUUACACUCCUCUCUCUCUCUCUCUCUCUCUCUCUCUCUCUCUCUCUCUCUCUAUCUCUCUCUCUCCCUCUCUCACUCUCUCUUUCUCUCUCUGUUUCAAUUCAUUUCAAUGGGGCUUUAUUGGCAUGGGAAACAUAUGUUUACAUUGCCAAAGCAAGUGAAAUAAACAAUAAAUAAAAGUGAGAAGAAACACAUUCAACAACAUCAACAAAAAACUAUUAGAAAUGAACAGUAAACAUUGCACUCAAAAAGGUUUUAAAAAGAUAAAGACAUUUCAAGUGUUAUAUUAUCAGCUAUGUAAAGUGUUUUAGCAAUGUGAAAAUAGUUGUAGUACGAAUAGUGGGAGAAGAUAAAUAAACAGAUAAAAAUUGGGGGUAUUUACAAUGUUGUUUGUGCUCCACUGGUUGCCCUUCUCUCAUGGCAACGGGCCACAAAUCUUGCUGCUGCGAUUGCACAUUGCGGUAUUUCGCCUAACAGCUAUGGGAGUUUAUCAACAUUUGAUUUGUUUUCUAAUUCUUUGUGGGUCUGUGUGAUCUGUGGGAAAUAUGUGUCUCUGAUGUGGUCAUACAUUUGGCAGGAGGUUAGGAAGUGCUGCUUGGUUUCCACCUCAUUUUGUGGACAGUGGGCACAUAUCCUGUCUUCUGUUGAGAGCCAGAGUUGCCUAUGGCGACCUCUCUCAAUAACAAGGCUAUUCUCACUAAGUUUGUACAUAGUCAAGGAUUUUCUUAAUUUUGGGUCAGUCACAGUGGUCAGGUAAUCUGCCACUGUGUACUCUCUGUUAAAGGCCAGAUAGCAUUCCAACUUGCUCUGUUUUUGGUUGAUUCUUUCCAGUGUGUCAAAUUGUUAGCUUUUUGCUUUCUCAUUCUUUGGUUUGGUCUAAUUGUGUUGCUGUCCUGGGGCUCUGUGGGGUCUGUUUUUGAACAGAGCCCCAGAACCAGCUGGCUGAGGGCACUCUUCUCUAGGUUCAUCUCUCUUUAGGUGAUGGCUUUGUGGUGGAAUGUGUGGGCAUCGCUUCCUUUUAGGUGGUUGCAGAAUUUGAUAACUAUUUUCUGGAUUUUGAUAACUAGCGGGUAUGGUCCUAAUUCUGCUCUGCUUGUACACAAAGUAUAUUUUUGCAGAAUUCUGCAAGUUUCUCUAUCUUUCUCUCUCUCUGCAACUAUCUCUCUCUGCUUCUCUCACUCUCUUUCUCUCUUUCUCUCUUUGUUUGUUUCUCUCCCGUUCUCUAUCUGUCUCUCUUUGCACCCUCUAUCACUCUCUUCCUUCCUUUCACUCCAACUCCUCUCUUUCUGAGAGUACCUAUGUCUACCACCAGAGAGCACUCUCUCUCUCUCGCUAUCUACCUCUAUCUCUUCACAUUCUCUCUGUAUCAGCUAUCUCUCUCUCUUUUUCUCUCUGUCUCUUAGGUCAAGUCAACCUUACUCAAAGUGUCAGUAAACAGAGGAAAUUAUACCACUCCACAACACUUUUCACCUGAAUAAGACAGUCUUGGCUCUAUAGACAUUGUUCCCGUACUAGGGAACUGAAUGUUUUAGGCCUGUUUUGACUUGUUAUAUAAUUAAUCUGGCUGAACCAGAGGAAAUAGUUGGCUGUGCAAGUUGCAAAAUGGUUGCAAGUUCUCUCACGCAUGCUUGCAUGCACACAGACACAAACGCGCAAACACUCCCCCCUCCCCCCUCCCCCCCACACACACACAUACCCACAAACACACACGCACACAAAGUCUUAUGCAAUGUUAAAGCUACCUGAGUAGAUAGACAGAUCAGCUGAGGUAAUUUUUUAAUUUUUUUGUCCUCUCCCUCCCCUGCACCCCCCACCCCCCCAGUAACCACCAGUGUUGGGAGAUCUUGCAGGCGUACACCAUCACCCCCACCCCAGGACGCCUUCUACUCAAUGGUAAGAGUCCUAUCACACACAGAGACAUGCCUUACAGCCCUGUUAACUGGCUAUAGACACUCCUCUCCUCUCCACUCGGCCGUCUCCUCCUUCACCCGGCCGUCUCCUCCAGCUAUAUCUCUGAUAGCUCUGCUUUGUCUCUUUAAAAUGGCAGCUGGAACCCCUAGGCUCCCCAACAUUCCACUGCUCUAAACUGAUUGGCUUUUCAUUCAAAGUAUGCAAAUCACACCUUAUAGUCUGGGAACAAUUACUGUGAUAGAUUUACUAUGUGUGUUUCAAAGGAACAGCAGAGGAGAGUUCAUGUUCAUAUUCAAAUUACUUCAGUUGAGAAUGAGGUGCAAAUUUGAUCUUGUGCCAAAGUUAUUGAUAUUACUGUAUAAUAUGAACUGUUGUUGUUUUCCAUGAAGGUAGCAGAUCAUUGCUGAACACUGAGAUAGUGAUUGGGGAGACAGACUAUAGCUCCUACGCUGUGUUUUACUACCAGAAACAGGGACAGCUCACCAUGAAGCUCUACGGUCAGUCUGCAGCUUCUAUGCUACCAACCUGAUUGAUACCCUGUACUAACAACAUUUAACAUUUUAGUCAUUUAGCAGACGCUCUUAUCCAGAGCGACUUACAGUUACUGAGUGCAUACAUUUUUCAUACUGGCCCCCCGUGGGAAUCGAACCCACAAUCCUGGCAUUGCAAGCGCCAUGCUCUACCAACUGAGCUACAGGAGGCCCAUGCUGCAAGCCAACAGUAUUGGACAAUAUAUCGGUUUGAAGCCAGGUCUUCUGACAUUUACAUUUACAUUUUAGUCAUUUAGCAGACGCUCGUAUCCAGAGCGACUUACUGUUAGUGAGUGCAUACAUUUUUCAUACUGACCACGACAAUACAUUGUUAGCCAGCGGAGCUAAAGCCUAGGUAUUACUUCUGGGAGAUAUGGUUCACCAAGCCACAUCCAGUAAACCAUUACAGAAACAUUAAUGUUGAAGUUACUGAGAAUAUUUCAAGGAGGCUGUUGUGUUUUCUCUACAGGCAGAUCCAAGGAUACCCUUUCAGAAGCCAUCUUGGAUAAGUUUGAGGACCUGGCUGAGAAAAAGGGUCUGGGAUUGGCCUAUGUGUUCGCCUUCCCCAACUACAGUAGGAACUUCUCUAUAGGAACUUCUCUAUCAUAACUCACAAACACAGCCUGCCAUAACUACCUCUAGCUACAUCUCUACCACAGCCAGCAUACAUACUUAAAAUGAAAUGUUUCCAAUCUGUACAGGUCACUGCCAGUCUGUGGACAAGGACCACGUGAUCAGUGAGUAUACCAUUUCAAACAAUUGUUCAACCAUUUAUGUGGGGCAUCGUGGACCUAAAAUGGCAAAAUAAGGGAUUCUUCCAAAUAUAGGCUACAUCAAUGUAAAUGUAGACGGCUUCUUCUAGAGUAGGUUGAGAAUGCUAAUGCUGACUUGAGGAUGGAUGUUCUGGGGUUUCAUUGGGAAGCGGAGCGGAGCCUCGUCUGUUGUAGAGAGACAAGGAUCCCAAACCUCCCACUCGCCCCUACCAACUAGCUCGGACGGCCCUCGGUUGUCACGUGUUGCUGAUGAAACUCCGAGGGUGAAUUCAAGAGAGUGGCAAAGGGAUCAAUAAAGCCAUCAACUUCGGGACACACUUGUGACUUGAAUGAUGCAAUGAUGUUUAAAUAAUAAAUCAAGCAUGACAUUCAAAUGAACGAAUCCCCCCAGUCGCAUUACAAGAUAUAAACACCAGUAAAGUUAAACAAUUUAUUUGGGUUUUAUUGCAUCUGUUACAUGUGUCAUGUCUCGAAAUCAGACAUAGACAAAUGCACUUGGCAUAUAAUUAGGCGUGCAGCUCCAUUCUUCUGUAUUAAAGGUCCAAUGCAACCGUUUUUAUCUCAAUAUCAAAUCAUUUUUGUUAACAAUUAAGUACCUUACUGUGAUUGUUUUCAAUUAAAAUUGUAAAAAAUUAACAAAAAUAUAUUCUUAGCUAAGAGCAAUUUCUCAAGCAAGAAUGUUGCUAGGACUGUCUGGGAGUGGUCUGAGCGGGAAGAACUGAAAACUAGCUGUUAUUGGAAGAGAGGUUUGGAACUCUUUCUUAUUUGAACGGGAAGGGGAGAACUGAAAACUAGCUGUUAUUGGAAGAGAGGUUUGGAACUCUUUCUUAUUGGUCUAUUAACUAAUGGUGAUGUCACUAGGCAGACCAAAACUCCAUUCCACCAAAACUGGCUGAAAUUUCAGGCGGUCUUUUCAAACUGCUCUUGUACUAAAAGGGCAUUAUCCGAAUUUCACAGUAUUGUUACAACAUAGUGUGGAAAUAUAUAUACAAUACCAGUCAAAAAUUUUGGACACACCUACUCAUUCAAGGGUCUUUCUUUAUUUUUACUAUUCUUUACAUUGUAGAAUAAUAGUGAAGGCAUCAAAACUAUGAAAUAACACAUAUGGAAUCAUUUAGUAACAAAAAAGUGUUAAACAAAUCAAAAUACAUUUUAUAUUUGAGAUUCUUCAAAUAGCCACCCUUUGCCUUGAUGACAGCUUUGCACACUCUUGGCAUUCUCUCAACCAGCUUCACCUGGAAUGCUUUUCCAACAGUCUUGAAGGAGUUCCCACAUAUGCUGAGCACUUGUUGGCUGCUUUUCCUUCACUCUGCGGUCCGACUCAUCCCAAACCAUCUCAAUUGGGUUGAGGUCGGGGGAUUGUGGAGGCCAGGUCAUCUGAUGCAGCACUCCAUCAUUCUCCUUCUUGGUAAAAUAGCCCUUACACAGCCUGGAGGUGUGUUGGGUCAUUAUCCUGUUGAAAAACAAAUGAUAGUCCCACUAAGCCCAAACCAGAUGGGAUGGCGUACCACUGCAGAAUGCUGUGGUAGCCAUGCUGGUUAAGUAUGCCUUGAAUUCUAAAUAAAUCACAGAAAGUGUCACCAGCAAAGCACCCCCACACCAUUAUUUGGGCUGCAAUUUCUUAGGCUGGUAACUCUAAUGAACUUAUCCUCUGCAGCAGAGGUAACUCUGGGUCUUCCAUUCCUGUGGUGGUCCUCAUGAGAGCUAGUUUCAUCAUAGCGCUUGAUGGUUUUUGCAACACCACUUGAAGCAACUUUCAAAGUUCUUGAAAUGUUCCGUAUUGACUGACCUUCAUGUCUUAAAGUAAUGAUGGACUGUCAUUUCUCUUUGCUUAUUUGAGCUGUUCUUGCCAUAAUAUGGACUUGGUCUUUUACCAAAUAGGGCUAUCUUCUGUAUACCCCCCUACCUUGUCACAACACAACUGAUUGGCUCAAAUGCAUUAAGAAGGAAAGAAAUUCAACAAAUUAACUUUGAAGGCACACCUGUUAAUUGAAAUGGAUUCCAGGUGACGACCUCAUGAAGCUGGUUGAGAGAAUGCCUAGAGUGUGCAAAGCUGUCAUCAAGGCAAAGGGUGGCUAUUUGAAAAAUCUCAAAUACAUUUGAUUAACACUUUUUUGGUUACAUUUACAUUUUAGUCAUUUAGCAGAUGCUCUUAUCCAGAGCGACUUACAGUUAGUGAGUGCAUAAUUUUUUUUUCUCAUACUGGCCCCCCAUGGGAAUCAAACCCACAACCCUGGCGUUGCAAGCGCCAUGCUCUACCAACUGAGCUACCCAUGAUUCCAUGUGUGUUAUGUCAUAGUUUUGAUGUCUUCACUAUUAUUCUACAAUGUAAAACUAAAGAAAACCCCUUGUAUGAGUAGGUGUGUCCAAACUUUUGACUGGUACUGUAUUAAAAACACAGGAAAAUCACGUUUUUGACUGCACUGGACCUUUGAAAAGGGAUAGCACUUUGCUCUGAAGCCUAGUUAGCCCCUACACCCUCGAUGAUUUUCACUCCCUCAGCUUUGGGACACUCGGUGCAAAUGGUGAGAGGCAAGGGGAAGGGUGUGAUUUGGGAUUCGGACAGAUGCAGAUUGGUGGAAAAGGCAUCCACUCCCUUUAACUUUGCUAAAAAAAAAACAUCACGUUUACUCCUUCGCAGGGCAUGUGGAAAUGUACUUGCACGACGGUCAGUUAGAUAAAUUGCAUAAACAAGUUUACCUAACUGUUACCUCAUUUUGAAAAAGCGUCUGCAAAUCUAUAGCAUAGAAACAUAUUUGCAUAAUGAACUUACAUGCUUAUUUUUGUCUAACUUAAUUCACUUCGUAUAGUUUGAGUUUAUGUUUCCGUGUUACUUCUGAGCUUGUUUCAUUUUUCCUUCCCAGACUGCGUGCCAAUAUGUUGAGGAAGAUUCCAAGAGCCCAUGUUCCAACUGCUCAGCAACAUAUGGCAUAAUAAAAUGAUUGAAUUGCUUA